CGUCUUAAUUUAGUUCAAUUCGUUUUAUUUAUACAGCGCCAAACCACAACAACAAUCGCCUCAAGGUGUGACUAGAUGGUUCAUGCUUUGCUCUCUUUUUAUUAGGAUAGUUCAUGUGAUUUGGUAGUGAUGUCAGCAGCAUGGUGGUGCAGUGGUUAGUGCUUUUGCCGCCCAGAAAGGAGGUCCUUGGUUCAAAUCCGUUAUCUACCCGGGUUCUCUCCAGAUCUGCGCCCUGGGCACCCUCAGCACCAGCCCUCAGGGGAAAAGGAGACUCGUCGGGUGGAUGGGCGGCUAAAAACUGAACUCCAAUGUCAGCUGGGGAUCAAAAGAAUGGUGGUGACAAACCAGAAGACAUGGUGCCACAGCCUGAGGUGUGGCCUGAGGUGGAGAGGGCAGAGUGUUUGGCCCGCGGCGCUGCCCUGAAGUGGGCGUCGGGUGUUUUCUGUCGGCCUGAACAUCUGGAGCGACUCAGUCAAUACAGGAAGAGAGAAAGUCAGAGGACAGCCUCCAUUCACACCAGGCUGAAGUCCAUGGUCCAGUCGUACCUGGAGGGAGUGGGCUGGGGUCUGGAGCAGCUCCGCGAGGCCCGGACUGAGCUGAGGGAAGUGUCACGUGAUUUGAAGAAAGCUGGACUGGAGUCUGAUCAAAACACAGAGGGGGGAAGAUCUCUGGAGAGGCUGAGAGAGGUGUCUGCAAACCACAGUCAGCUCCUCGCUGCCGUUAGCAACCUGCCACGACUUUACUCCGUGCGUAGCAUGGUGAUGGAGACAGAGCGCCUGGUGGAGUCACGGCGGCUGUUGGAGGCCCAUGCCAAGCUGAUGGAUCUGGAGUACUUGCAGGAUGAUAUUCUGUGGCAGCUCAACAAGGCUGCAGGAGGUGCGCUCAGCACUGAAGACCAGGAGGUGGUGGCCAAAUAUUUCUCUGGAGUCCGGCACCUGGUCGAUGCACUGGGGAAGGAGCUGUGGGCGGUGGUGAGUAGUGCUCUGGCUCUGGCCCGACAAAACCCCACGCCGUUUGUAUCCGCUGUGAGGAUUGUGGAGCGGGAGGAGGCGCUGGACCAAACUCUGCUGGAAGAGAGAGGGGGCGGCGGAGGCAACAGCAGGCCCCUACCCCUUGGGCGACCUCGCUGCUGGAGAGCGUGCUUCUUCAAGGUACUAGAGGAGGCGGUGGCGGCGCGGUUUCGCAGUGUUUCCUAUCUGCACACACGUGGUCCGGGUCUGGCAGGUCACCUCUCCGCACUGCAGCACGGCAUCAUGGCCGACCUGGCCACCGUACGCCACCUGCUGGAGCACUGCGUCCCGCCACACUACAAGCUGACUGGAGCCUACUUGAGGGCCAGCCACUGCUGUUUACAUGCCCACCUGACACAGGUUAGCAGCUGGGACCUGGAGAGCGGUGAAAUCUUCGCUGUGCUCAACUGGGUGCUGCACAUCUACAACAGCCCGGACAUGAUGGGUCAUCCUGAGCUGGUGACGGAGAUGGAGAGAGAAGAGCUGGGACCUCUAAUCUCCACAGAGGGACUCGAGCAGCUGCAGUGCAAAUACGUGCAGAGUGUUCGGAAGAGUGUAUCUGAAUGGAUGCACAAAGCGCUGCAGGUGGAGCUGCAGGACUGGCAGAGGGACCAGGAGCCAGAUACAGACCAUGAGGGCUUCUACCAAACAAGCCUGCCCACAAUCAUCACACAGAUGCUGGAGGAGAACGCCCGGGUGGCUCUGAUGAUUGGAGAGUCCCUGCGAGAUCAGACUAUACAGAUGGGACUGUAUGAGAUGGAGAACCUCCUGAACAGGUUUCGUGAAGCUCUGGUGGAAUUUGGAAAGGAGCAUCGCAGGGAUCUGAGCAACAGCAAAAAUAAGUUCUACCUCCACUAUCUGCUGGCCUCCAUCAGCAACUGCAUCAUCCUCAAGAAGUCCACGGAGAGCCUGCAGCAGCAGCAGUCGUCCCAGUCGGCAGGCCAGUUCACUCGCACUCCUCCAAACCCUCUGGCAGCUCUGGACCGGGCGGUGCGGCGGGCGUGCCGGCUGGUCAUGGAUCAGCUCUUGCUGGAUUUGAAGCCUUUCCUCCCAGGCCUGCUCACCCGACCCUGGCUGGCUCAGGGAGACCCAACCCCCAAACUUUGCCGCGUCCUGGAGCGUCACCUGGAGCUGUACGUGCGCGUUCGGCCUCCCUGCCGGCAGCGUCUGCAGGAAGAGGCCCAGUGGCUGAUGGUGGUGGAGUACGUCAGGGCUCUGAUGCAGAAGAGGCUGGUGUGUCGUAGCGGCGAGGAGAGGAGGCAGCUCGCUCAGCAGAUGCUUCAGGACGACCAGCUGUUCAGAGAAAUCUUCCACAACCUGGAAGGUGAAGGGUCAGCACCUGAAGUGAACCCUUUGGCCUUACUCCCCGUCCUGGCCGAAUUCAUCCGCCUCAAAGACCCCAACAUGCUCACUCUGGAGGUGUCUGGACUUGCAGCCAAAUAUCCUGACAUCAGUGAGGAGCACGUGUCCGUGCUGCUGGAAAUCCGCGGCGACGUCUCCAGGGACAUCAAAGGGGCUGUACUGGAUUUGCUGGAGCAGAGCGCUCCCCCUCUUCCCGUCGGAUACCGACCCAUCUUCACUGACAUCCUGGUGCCUCCCUCCACCAUGGCCUUCUGCCUGCCAACUGCCAAGUGUGCAUAGCUGCAGGGGUUUCGUGUUAAAAGCAUGGAGCUCCUAAAUAAACACUUAGAAACAGUGCUGAGCAGAGUUUCCAGCUCUCCUUAUUUAUCUCCUCUCACCAAAGGAUUCGAGACCUCGGUGAUGCACAUGAAUUUAUUUCUCCUCCAGCUUACCAGGGGUUUGAGGCGGUGACUUGCUGGUCCAGGUCUAAUGUCAGCUGCGAGGCGGGGGUAGUUUUAUUUGCCUUAAGUCUUCUUUAUACUUCCAGAAGUCGCUGUCAGAGUUUUCCGCAGUUUGUACAACAGCGUUAACAGGAUGUGGAUGAUUUUUAAAGUCCAGUAACAGGACUAUUGUGCACUUCAUACACUCUCUGUAGCCCCAUUUGGAUGGAAUUUAUUUCUUUGGGAGGCUGGGUGAUUUUAUUAUCAGUCCACACCAUAUAUGAAUAAUUUUUUUCUCUGGGCAUUAUUUUAUGAUCCAAGUGAAAAAGUAUUCAUGCGCUCUUGUGAUGUCAGCUUCAGGUAAGUAACCUGUUCUCUGAACUCUGUUUUCCACUUUCUCAAACUGUCACAUUAACAGCGGCCAGAUGUCCUGUAGUUCUGUUAUUUCUGAGCAAAUGACAGAAAACAAAUAAAUGUGUUUAUCUAUUCACAUUUAUUUGUUUUCUAAAAUGUUUUCCCACCUGAACGUCCGUGUCCAUUAAAAUGAGAGCGAAUUACUAAAGGUAAAGAAAUAAAAACAGAGAAAUUGAGCGACUGGGUGAAGCAAGAAGAAAUCCUGAGAUUAAAGUCUUAAAAUUUUGAGAAAAACACACAUGUAUGAUUUGUGGAGAAAAAAUAAUAUCAAGACAAGAAAGAAAAAGAAAACUGAAUUUUUAUGAUGGAAAAAACAUCUAAUUUAACAAUUUCCAGGUAAAAUUUAUAUCUUUAAAUUUGUUUAAAUAUCUUUAAAUACAUAUCUUUAAAAGGAAAUGUUAGAACACAAACAACAGCUUUCCAGUCAUUAAGACAGACAACAAACUACAUUUCAAAAGGAGUUUCAAUACUGUGAUUUUCCUUUAACCUCCAAUAGUCUCGAUACGCUGUCAUAUUUUCACAGACUUUGAAUUCAUGUCCAAAUGGGGCUUUUGGUUCAGGUUUAAAGUGACAAACAGCACAAACAGACCUGCACGCUGCCUUCGUUCGUCUUCAUUACCCACCACGUUACUGGUCACACAUUAUUUCUGCUUUCUGUCACUUUAAAGAGUCAGCACUGAGCAUUGCUUUGACCUGCAUGAGUAAAAUCUCACUUCAGCUUCAAAACGUUACUAUGUGAAACAAAAAAUCUGCCUGGAUAAACUGCACCAAAGUUUUUUGAUCAUUUCUUUGUGAGAAAACCUUUUUAAGACUCAAAAUGCUGCAUAUUAGAUGUCUUUAUAUAAACUAAAAACUUCCUACUGAAAAAAGACACUUUUAAUCUUUUUUGUGGAGAUUUUCAUCUGAUUUGCAGAAGACAGAGGUUAUGGGACAGAUUUAUGAUACUGGUGGGCUUCAAAAAUAAAAAUGCUUUGAGUUGACUUUGAAUUGAAUUGGCUGUGCAGCAUGUGUCUACACAUUAAUGCAGCGUGGGUGUUUGGCAGGGUUUGCUUCCUGCUGAGUCAAAGUUUCUACAGUAAAAAGAAAGGUAUAGUAGAAAUUCAGAUAAAGCAUAACUCUUAUGCAAUGUGUAUUGAAACCCAAAGCUUUCAAAAUGAAAGAAAAAGACAUGAAAUAAAGAAAUGAUCUUAUAGAAAGUGGCAUUAUGAAAGAAAAGUGACAAAAAAUUAAAUAUGAGAAUGAAAUGAAAUAAAAUGAAAAUAAUAAAUAUUAAAUACAUGGUUGGAUUAUUAAUAAAAAUGAGUCACUGAUGAAUCCUGUAAUAUAAAAGUGGCAUAAAAUGUAAAAAUAUGACAUGAAACAAUGGCAUCAUGAAAUAAAAUGUUAAAAUUAAGGUGACAUAAAAAUGGAUGAUAAUUUAGGAACGUGCAUACAUUUAAAAAAAAAAGCAAAUGAAAGCUGUGUAUAAGUUAUAGUUUAUUAUAUAGAGAUGAACGUGGUUUCUCUUUGAGGUUUCCCAGCUGUGAACAUCCCACCAGAGGAGCUGCUAACUCGCUGCUCUGUAAUCACUCUGAAAUUGUCUUAACGGUGGUUUCUCCCUGCGUGUUUUCAUUUCAAGCUUGCUGUUUGUAACAAAUGUUGUUUAUCUCAUUUUCUUAGAAAGUAUUUAUUGUAUUUAUGUAACAAAGUCAACUGUUGUCUUCUGUUUGGUGUUUUGUUAUUGGUUUUACUUUUCUGGUUCAAAGCCUCUAAAGUGCAAAAAGUCUGUUCCAUAAGUGUUUUAAUAAAGUCUUUAUCAAGUAAA